AGCAGAUUUUUGCCUUGUCUUAAGUGGAGUCCACUGAACCAUAUGACUAGAACUUCCUCAUUCCCCUCUUUCUCACCUCAAAUCUUCCUGUUUUCAUCUUAGUCUCUGAACAAGUGUUCCUUUUUAUAACCAAGUCUGACAAUCUCUUUCUUUGGAUUCCACUCAGAAUUUUGGAGAAUGGGUUCUGGGAGGGUUCCAUGGACGGUGCUUCUGCUAGUGAGUGUAAUUAGACUGGAUUUCUCCAGGACUCAAGGCAGAGACUCUCCAGAAGAUUUUGUGAUUCAGGCAAAGGCUGACUGUUACUUCAUCAAUGGGACAGAGAAGGUGCAGUUUGUGGUGAGAUUCAUUUUUAACUUGGAAGAGUAUGCACGUUUCGACAGCCAUGUGGGAAGGUUUGUGGCAUUGACAGAGCUGGGGAAGCCUGACGCUGAGCUGUGGAACCAUCGGCCAGAUAUACUGGAGAGGAGUAGAGCUUCUGUGGAUGCCCUCUGCAGGCACAACUACAAGCUGGGUGCACCCUUCACUGUGGGGAGGAAAGUACAACCAGAGGUGACAGUGCAUCCAGAGAGGACCCCAUCCCUGCAGCAUCGCAGUCUGCUUCUCUGCUCUGUGACCGGUUUCUAUCCAGGCGACAUCAAGAUCAGGUGGUUCCGGAAUGGGCAGGAGGAGAGGGUUGGUGUCAUAUCCACUGGCCUGGUCAGGAAUGGAGACUGGACCUUCCAGACAAUGGUGAUGCUGGAAAUGACUCCUGCACUUGGAGAUGUCUACACCUGCCUUGUUAAUCAUGCCAGCCUGCUGAGCCCUGUUUCGGUGGAGUGGAGAGCUCAGUUGGCAUAUUCUUGGAGAAAGAUGCUAAGUGGAAUUGCAGCUUUCCUGCUUGGGCUGAUCAUCGUUCUGGUGGGGACUGUCAUCUGCCUCAGGGCUCAGAAAGGAUAUGCGGAGACUCGGUUGUCUGGUGAUGAGGUCUCAAGUGCAGUUUCAUCACCACAACCCUGCUAAGAGGUCCCAACCAAAGCUUCUUGCCCUGGAGCCUGAAGGAGUACCGAGGAGCCAGAGCCCAGAACUAAGUGAGCCCUACGAGUUACAUCAUCCUCUUUCCAACUGCGCUCACCACUGUCUCCAGAAGACAAACAUGCAGAGGCACUGUUCCUUUUUCACUGUUUUUUUUUAAUGACCUUUUUUACUGUAAAAUAAAAACUGAGAUACCAAUAACCACACAAAAUGUAGACUUUAAUGAAUUAUUUAAGGCAAAACCCCUGCAGUCACCACUUAGCUCAAGAAAUAGAACUUUACCAGCCAUGCAGGGUUUUCCAUGUACCUCAGACCCAUCUAAACCCCUGAUGUCCUCACAAAAGUAAUCCCUUUAUGAAUGUCAGAGUAACCACUUUGGUUGUAUUUUUUUUUUUUUUGGUUGUAUUUUUUUAUUCCCUCGUCACUCAAGUCUGAAUUCAUGACAACAGAGCUUAGUUGCCUUGUAUGUCUCAUACUUUACUGCUUUCUUCUGCAUGCCUUUCCCUCCCUUAUGGCUAAUAUUUUGAAAAGCCCGAGGCAUUUGACCUACAGAGUUUCCCAUAAUCUGGAUUUUACCAACUGCACGCACCUGGUGCAGUUUAGUCUGUCCUUCUGUCCUCUGCAUUUUCUGCAAGUUGGCAUCUGGAAGUAGAGGCUGGAUAGACUUUGGUUUAAUUUCCUUGGCACGUCUGUAGGUGGCAGUGUGCUUCCUCACCCCGAGGCACAGACUGUCCAGUUGUGUCUCUUUUUAUGGUGCCGUCACUGAUGGUGCUCAGUGUCUAGGCCCUUUCAUUCACUGGGGGCUGCAGAAUGGGGAUAUCCUCAUUUUGUCAUUCCUUCUUCAUUGAAAUGCUUCAUUGCUUCUGUAAAGAGACACCUCCCUUCAUCUACUGGUGGGUUGCCCAGUGGAAAAGUGGAAAGAAAGGAAAAGUGUUUAACUCUUUCCCUUUAUUAGUUUUCCAGCUAAUGAAUUUGGUUCCUACUAUUAUCCAAAGAUGAAUUGUUAGGUUUUACUUUUUCUUUUUCUUUUUUUAUAUCAUUAUAAGCUUGAGGAUUUGAAUAUAUUUGAUGGAUUUUAGCUCAUGGCAGUUUUUAGCUGCAAGUUCAUUCGUAUCACCUUAAGUGCAUGGAAACUUCAUGUGACUCCCGAGUCCUUUUGACACAAGUCUUUUGAUAGUUUCUUUGUUAUCUGUUAUAUAACAAGAUGUUCUGUAUGUCUUCUGCCCAGACAUGCAAUCAGCGAUUGUUUUAGAAAGCCCUGGCUUAUUUUAGUGGGAAAUGUCAGUGAGACCAUAAUGUGGAGCUAGGAGUUCGUCAUUAUAUCAGGUCUUCCUGGUGGAAACAAAAAUGUUUAUGUGCAAUAUUCAUAUUUAUAGAAGUAUAAGAUUUAUGUAUCUAUAAAU